UUUGUCUUGCUUCGCGUUGUUCAUCCUGAUGGGUCUGUAGGAGGUAUUCGGUUAGUUUCAGUGGUGGAAGUGCUUCUCCCUACUAGGUAGUCGCCUCAUGCCUCUCGCGUUCCAUGCCUUCUCCAGUCUUCUCCAGCUCCUUCCCCAGUCGCUAGGUAUUAUUUUGCUUCAGUCGAUCCCCUCCUCCCCUUGGUUACAGAUGCGAUCUCCCUUGGCUUUCGCGCCUUCCCGCUCUUCUCUUGCCUCUUGGUAUCUUUUCAGAAAGCACAAUUCCAGGGGAAAGUAUGAAAGUUGCCGAUAUAUUAUGCACAAGAACGGGAGAGAAAUCCCAUGGUGGUGAUUGCCAAAGAAAUUCUCCAUGCAAUUGCUAGGUAUUAUUCCUACAGUCGCCCCGCUCUUUACCCCCAUGUCACGAAUCUGGAAAUAUCUUAGACGUCGCAGGCACAAUCCAAACGUCCCGUCGGCGAAGUGGUCACUGCCAGGACCGGACUGGCUACACCGAGGUGCGUAAGUGGCCUGUCACUUUAUCGAUAAGACCCUAGACCCCGCUAGCGGCUCUGCCUCUGCAAUCCGAUUCGACUAGGGGCUCUCUGUGCCUGACAACGCCUGGCCUACUGGGAUCCAGUCUGUCAAAUAGAUCGCCAAAUUUUCUGAUGCUUCACUUCGGUCCCGUCCGUUCGAUACCACAGUUCAAACUACUUCCAGAUCCGGAUCCUCUUGGCCUCCAGCUACACUAUCCGUUAAACAACGACGCCAUCUAAUCCGAUAGGGCUUCUUUCCUCUGUUCUCGUUUCUUUGUUUGGUCCCAAAUCUGGGCCCUGCCGUUUCAGGACCCGGCAGAACAUUGAUCUUCAAGUCUUGGGUUACAUCCGUCUUGAAUUCAUCUAUAGAUGGAAAGCUGAGGCUGAGACUGAUACCAACGCUGAGACUCUCCGAACGAGAUACCGGGACCCGCCAAUCCGCGGUUCCAAUAAUACCUGGCGCAUUUCCAGAUAUCUUGGCAAAUAUCUUUGCACCUCAACUGGCCUCCUGAAUCGACGGAAGGCUUUGUGCACCGCACACAAUCUUUCUAGAGAAGUGACCGAGAAUCAAGUUUGUCUCCAAGGCUGCAAAAGAGUCAAAGGACGGAAGGAGAUAAACAAAGCAGCUCAAGGCUGGAAGUGAACAGGAUCUGAUCUGAGGCAAGAGCAGAAGAGCAGCUGAAGGUGCAGGUCGGGUGCCUUCCUUUCCGCACCUUCCAGGUCAGCGUCCCGGGUUACGAUUUUAUUCGUCCUGGCCCUGCCUUCCAAAGUAGCUUCCUGAGGCAGUGUGGGCCCAUUCAUCAAGUUGCUUCUCGUGACUUCCUUCCGCUGGGUUCUGCUCCAAGGUACUACAGAGUGCACCUCACUUGGGACCAAAAGCAACCUCGCAGCCUCCUUCAUCUAGACCUUACCAACUGCGGUAACUGAGCUGGCUUGUCAUUCCCUUACAGAAUUAUCCAGCCCUCACAGCACGGAGGAAAGGUUAUAGAGCAGCUGGAGAUCGACGACACGACGCCAUAUCUCUCUUUCUCAAGAAGGAGCUAGGUGUGCCACCUACAUCAACCGUCGGUCGCACAAGGACUUGACUGGAAAUCUUCCCUAGUCAUCAUUCUGUUUUGUUGACUGCUCGGCAAACCCUCCGCUACAUCCGAUCUUGGCCCUGUUCGACACCGUCAAACCCCAACGAGCCGCAUCAGAUUCCAGCAGCAAACCUUUGAUGACAGGCUUCUGACUGGACUCUUCACCCAAGUCACUACAUUACUCCUCAAGAAGCCAUCGUGGAGCUACUACAGUCGUUCUGUCGUCUGUUGAAAUCCACACUUCGCUCAUAGCACGCCACAGCGGUACACGGCAGCUAUCUCCGUAGCCCUCUCUGUCGGUCGUCCUGUGCCUCGGGAGGCCAAAUCGAGAUACCGUAACUUUCUUGUUGAAGUGAGUCACGGCUUCGGCGUGACGCACCCCCAUCUAUACUGACGAACAUAUCAGUCCCUGCUUUUUCUGCCCAAAUCUUGGAAGGGAGACCACCAGUCAAGAUGCUCGCUGUCGAACGCGCCUCGCUGCCGGCCAUGGCCUCUGAUCGGCCUGACGAUCAACCUGAGGAAAAGAUCGAGCACACUGGCCCUGAUGUCAUCCAGCCCCAUGCUCUCAUCGACCACCUGCUUCCACAACAACUUGGCCGAGGAGUGCUUAUUCCUCUGAAGACGACUUUGGAAAUCCGACAAGACCACACCAUUGUUCAGGCUUUGAUCACGAGGGCUCCAUCUACGUCUACUAAUAAUGUCGUCAAUCUGAUCCGCUCGAUGCUCCCUGAAGGCGUGGCUAACAACUUGCCUCACUUGCGAAGAUGUGCGAAGCCAGCGGAUAUCCCGGCUCAUCUCAAAACACAGUUCAUGAACGACUCCCCCGAAGGCCGCCAAGUCCAUACGGGUAAAUCCACCUGGAUCUACAUCAUGCUUGGUGAAGAGAAAGACUUCGAUAAGCACGACUUGGUCGCCAAGCUGGGGGCCAUCGAGGGAAUGGAUGAGAACGUCUUCCUCACCAAGAUUCCGAUCCCCAUGGUACCGCCUACUUCUCAGGUGCAGGCAGCUAUGUGGACCUCGCAGUUCUGGCCUACGGUGUAUAGAAAGAACAACCCCCUUGGACCGCACCCUAGCAUGGUGGGACGAUCAACGGAAACCAUCAAGGAUGAGACAUCUCUUUGGAUGACCUUGGCCCAUCGCGUCGCCUUCCAGGCCAAGAAGGCGGGUAUCGGCGAACCCAUGGGUGCCGUCAUCGUCCAGCGCGAAGGGGGAAAAUCCCACCUCGUAGCGGUUGCCGGAGAUGCUCGUUGGCACCAGGAGCCCAAUAGAAGCGGUACCGGCAAUCCCAUGGGUCACUGCGUGCUCAGAGCUAUCAGCAUGGUGGCGCAGAAGCUCGUGCGACAUGAGAGACGUGCAGCCGGCCGCUCCAACGUGCCGCCUAUCCUUGAAUACGACACUUUUCAAGAUCUUCCGCUCUUGGAAGACGAGCUCACGGUCCAUGAAGACGAGCAUCCCAAUGCAGACGGCUACCUGUGCCACGGUAUGGAGAUGUACUUGACUCACGAGCCUUGCGUCCAAUGCUCGAUGGCUAUCCUUCACUCGCGGAUGGGCAAGGUCGUCUUCGCUCAACGCAUGCCACUUACUGGGGGCAUGUGCUCGGAAGAUCGAGGACAUGGCCACCCCGAGCUGGAGAACUGCGGCGGAGGCGAGGGUCUCGGCCUCUUCUGGAGACGUGAGCUGAACUGGAGCUUGUUGGCGUGGGAGUGGGAAUCGAGCGACUGCGUGGGACCUUUGCCGCCGGUUGAUCACAGAGUCCAUGCUUAGUCCCCAUGGGACUUUACGACGAUACCUUGGUGCUUAUGGUCGGGAAACCGGCCUAGGCCAGAACAGUCUUUGUGUGCCGGGAUGCCAACGAUUGUGAAAGUUGACGGUAGUCUCGAUGCAUUAGUAUCGAUUAACCCUGUACCCCAAGCUCUGAGCCAGCUGGUAGGCGGCUCUUGCGCUUUACAUUUUACCUGUUGUAAUUGGUUGAGAAAUUGGUUGGAAGGGCUAGCAGAGGGUUUAGAUAGUCCUUUCAGCUCUCGUGGAUUGCCUGACGGGAUGAGGGAGGUUCGAGAGUCGUGCGACGGUAGGCUGGUCAGGAAUUAUACCCAUGCUGUCUCAUUUGUAGCAGACGGCAACUUUAGCAAUGCACAAG